CAGACACUUUAACAAAUCCAUCAUACCCUCUUCGUUCCACUUUCUCCUCCGCUUGGCCUCGGGCGCCUCGUCCAGCAAUACCUUGUCCUGGUUGAUAUGAAAUUCAUCCUCAGAGUCGGCGACGUCUUCGUAGGUGUUGAUAUUAAGCUUCGAAUUCUCUUUCUGUGCGCUCUUGCUCCCGUUCUGCCCAAACGGUUGGCCGCCAGCUUUCCUCUUCUUUGCCAUCGUUGCUGACGUUGUGUUCUGCUUCAGAGCUGGUAGGUUAAAUUUUCUUGGAGCUCCGGCGAAAUAGGACCCCGCUCCGGCGGUGACACUAGCGCCAAUUUGUGCUGACGCGACAGGGAUUCGCAACGCGACUCUUCAUUUGUCGAGGUCUGGCUGGGGGCACAUCAGCACAACCCAAUUCCUUACUCUCUCUCCUUUUCCCAAUGGCUCUAGGUGUCGUCGGGGCUUCUGUUUGUCUACUAGUGUUUCUCGCAAUUUUAUCGCUAGAUAUUAUGGGCUUUCUCUCGUGGAAAAACCAAUUCCCAGUGGAUGGAAAGACCGUCCUUCUUACUGGCGGCUCACAGGGAAUGGGGAGAGGACUUGGCAAGCUGCUUGCACAAAAAGGCGCAAAUGUAAUCAUAGUCGCGCGGGACGUCAAGAAGCUGCAAGCAGCAGUCGAAUAUAUCUCUGCCGCCGCCAAAAGCCAGACCCAGCGAUUCCAUUACAUCGCUGCCGAUGUCACUUCAGAGGCAGAGAAUAUUCGGCUUCUCGAGGAAGCUACGACAUGGAACAAUGGCCAAACACCCGAAAUCGUUUGGGCGAAUGCCGGCGCUGCAAAGCCGGGCCUUUUCCUUGAGACACCCCUCGAGACAAUGCGCAGGCAGAUGGAUAUAAAUUACUGGGCAGCUGUAUACCUAGCGCACACGACUUUGAAGAACUGGCUCUACCCCUCCGACGCUUCGGCCCACAGCACAACCAUCCAAGCUCCGCGUCACUUCAUCAUUACCUCCUCCAGUGUCGCUUGGUGCAAUAUUGCUGGCUAUGGCACAUAUGGGCCUGCCAAAGCUGCUCUCCGCUCUAUCUCAGACUCGCUGCGCUCUGAAUUGAACCUCUACAACGGCGCUCGCCGUUCUACUGCCACGACUACCAAGCCCGCUCCUUACGACGUCAAGAUCCAUGCUGUAUACCCUGGGUCUAUUCUUUCUCCAGGUCUCGAACUCGAAAACCAAUCAAAGCACCCAGUGACACAUGAACUAGAAGCGUCGGAUCCGCACCAGACAGAAGACGAGGUCGCGGCUGCAGCGAUAAAAGGGUUAGAAAGAGGCGAUUAUAUGAUUGCGACGAAUUGGUUGGGACAGCUCAUGAGAGUGAGUGGGAUGCAAGGGAGCCCGAGGGAUAGCUUGCUUUGGGAUACAGUUGGGCAAUGCAUUACAAGCAUUGCGUGGUUGUUUAUUGGGCCCGACAUGGAGGGCAAAGUGUGGAACUGGGGCAAGAAGAACGGGAUGCCUGCUGCGCCGAAGUCUUGAGUCGAGUUGAAAAUCGCGACGUCAAUUUGGAGAGCUUAAUGGUUUGUAUGAUCUUCACGCAACUCAUCUCAUAAACGUAUAUCACUCAAGCAUUGGGAACAUCUGUUGUUUGAUUGUAUCCAUUGUUUUUGAUUUCUCGCCAGUGCGGCGGAUGCUAUAUACCAUUUCCAGUACUUUGGCUUCGUACUGAUAGCCAGCCCAGCUCACACCGAGCAAAUU